AUGAGUGAAAGAUCACAAUCAUUCAAUGGUUCAGAUAAACAUGUUCAAGUUAUAGCUCGACCACGUCCAUUGAAUGAUAAUGAAAAAUCUCAAAAUUUAACGAGUUGUUUAAAUAUAAAUGAAACACGUCGAGAAAUCAUUGUUAAUUGUAAAACAAGUACAACACGUUUUUUUAAUUAUGAUCAUGUGUUUGGUUUUCAAACACGUCAACAAGAUGUUUAUAAAGUAGUUGUUGCACCUAUUGUUGAUGAAGUACUUAAAGGUUAUAGUUCAACUAUAUUUGCUUAUGGUCAAACAGGAUCUGGUAAAACACAUACAAUGUUAGGAAAAUUUCCAAUGGAUAAAACAUCAAAAGAUACUGUUAGUACUUAUAUGACAAUGCUUGAAUCAGAAACUGGUAUUAUGCCAAGAGCUAUUCAUCAUAUAUUUCAAGGACUUCAACGUCAAUAUAUUGAUUAUACAGUUAAAAUUACUUUUCUUGAAUUAUAUAAUGAAGAAUUAACUGAUUUAUUAGCUGAUGUAACAAAUGAACAACCUGAAAAAAUAAAAAUUUAUGAAGAUAAAGAUAAAACAAAUACAAUAAUUGGUGCUACUGAAGCAAUAUGUGAAACACCAUUUGAUGCUCUUAAAGUAUUAAUUAAAGGUGCACAACGUCGACAAACAGCAGAAACAUUAAUGAAUGCAUCAUCAAGUCGAUCUCAUUCAAUUUUUACAAUGACUGUAACAAUGAAAGAUGCUCAAGGAGAUAUGAGAUUAGGCAAACUUCAUUUAGUUGAUUUAGCUGGUUCAGAAAACAUAUCUCGUUCAGGUGCAACUGAUAAACGUGCUCGUGAAGCUGGAACAAUAAAUCAAAGUUUAUUAACACUUGGACGUGUUAUAACAGCAUUAAUUUCAAAUGAAAAACAUAUUUGCUAUCGUGAUUCAAAAUUAACAAGAAUUUUACAAGAUUCACUAUGUGGAAAAACAAUAACUUCGAUUAUAAUAACCCUUUCACCAGCAAAUGAAACAGAAACUCUAAGUACACUUGAAUAUGGUCAUCGAGCUCGUUCAUUAAAAAUUCGUCCGGAAAUUAAUCAAUUAUCAUCGAAAGAUGUUGCUCGAGAAUAUAUCGAUGAAAUUCGUCGUUUACGUCAAGAACUUGAUGCUAAACGAGAAGCUGAUGGUAUACCUUAUUCACAAUAUUUAGCUUUAAAAAAUCAAAUGACAUUAGUACAAACAUUAUCAGAUAAUAAUCAAGCUAAAUUAAAUAAUAAUGAACAACAAAUUGAACAAGAAUUAAGGUUAGAAAUGAAUGAACGAAAAGAAAUAUUAGCAUUAAAUCGACAUCGACAUGAUGAACUUAUUCAAAUGACUAAUAAAGCUUUGACAUUUCGUGAACAAGCUGUAAAUGCUAUGCAACAAAUUUGUGCAACACGUUCAGCUAGUUCGAUAUUAAUUGAUCAAUAUAUUAAUGAUUGUCAAUCAAUUGGAGAUAGUUUACAAACCAAUGUUCAACGAAUAGAUGAGGAUAUUCGAACAAUGCUUUCCAUUUGUAAUCGAUCAGUUGGACAAGCUUUGACAAUAUCAACCAAUAUUUCACAACAAAUUUAUAUACUUAAUGAAAAAGUUCGAGCUGUUUUAUCGCUUGCUUUUCAAAAUUUUCAUACAAUAUUUGAAGAAUUAAAUAAUAUGCAUAAUCAUUUUCAAACUGAACUUGAUCGUGAAUUAAGACUAUUAAUUGAUAUGGUAGUUAUAGAAAUAAAGAAUAACGAAGAGAAAAAUCAAGAGAAAUUACUUCAUAUUCAAGAAGAAACAUUAAUCAAAAUGAAAACUUGCUUUCAAGAAAUGCUAACUUCAUUUGGUCCAUCAAGUCAAUCAUUAUGGCUUGAUUUACAUAAAUUUUUAACACAACGUUUCAAUCAAAUGCUGACAAAUGAAUUUCGAAGUUUGAUUCCAAUAUCCGACCUAUCAACAAAUGAUGACAAUGAAUUACUUGAUUUAAAUAAUAUCCGAACUAAAUGUCAUAAUGAACAUGAAAAACAAAUCUUCACAACUCAAAAUAAACUUGAAGAAUUGAUUAUUCAUCUCAUUGAAUCUUUAACUGAUAUUAAUAAUACUUCUGAUCAUAAAAAUACAAAAUUACAAAAUCCUACUCUGAUUCAGCAUAUUCAUAAUAUAUGUAUUCAACAUGGACAUGAAAUUCGACAAUUAUUAGAAACAAAAUUACAAUGUAUAUUUAAUCAAGUUCGAGAUGAAUAUGAACAACAAUGUGGUCAUUUAAUAACAAAUAUUGAACGUGAUAUUAAUCAGAUGAAUUUAAUAUUACAAGAUAUGAAUAAUAAAUUUGACUCAUCAUCAUUAAUCACAAAUGAGUCAGUAGCACUUUUAAUUAAACAAUCACAACGUAUUGAUGUCAUGACAAAAAAUCUUGCGUACGAUUGGCAAAUGAUUACACAAUCAGUUGAUAAAUUCGAAUGUGAAACGAUUUUACCAUCGCCACCUAUAGCAAUACCAAAAACUGAUGCUGCAAUUAAACUUGAACUGUCUAUUAAAGAACAACAACCACGUUUAAUGACAAUUGAAAAUAAAGAAAAUAUUACCGAUGGAAAUCUUCUUCCAGCUCCUAUUCCUAUUUCUUCAAGAACAGCUACAGUUAAUAUUAUACCAUGUCGUCUUAAAAAUGAUACUCCAUUCUUUUGA